AUACCAAAAGCCCCCGCAAGCUUCAUGACUGGGAGUCUUCUCACGACCUCAAAUGGCGGAUCCACUGCUCACUGCACCGUCGCCGACGCCCUGCCGCCGCCGCCGCCACUGAUGGCGACGCACUUCCACCGCUCCACUGCCCUUCUCCUCCUCCUCAUCUUACCACACGUUCUUGUCGGGCCGGUCCUCGCUUCCGGCGGACCCGAUGGCGGAGGAGGCGCAUCGGAGGAGUUCUCGGAGGAGCUUCUUCUGAAGCCCUUGCCCGAUCGGAAGGUCCUCGCCCACUUCCAUUUCCAGAGCACCGCUCUGCCCUCCGCCACCAAUGGCCGCCACCACUUCCUCUUCCCCAAGGCCAUCGCCCAGCUGGUUGAAAAGUUCCGAAUUAAGGAACUAGAAUUAUCUUUUACUCAGGGACGAUGGAACUAUGAAAACUGGGGUGGAUCUGAUCCGAUGUCCAGCACCAAUGCCAAGCCCCCGGGUGUCGAGCUGUGGACCCUCUUUGACCUUCCCAUCACGGAAGUUGAUGCCACUUGGAAAAAUCUCACCCAUACCCUUUCAGGUCUCUUUUGUGCAUCCAUCAACUUUCUUGAAUCCUCCACAGCUUAUUCUGCUCCCCGUUGGGGAUUCCAUCCAAAUUCUGACAACCUAAGAUAUGGUGCAUUGCCCCGUGAAGCAGUUUGCACUGAGAAUCUCACUCCUUGGUUAAAGCUUCUCCCAUGUCGAGAUAAAGCUGGGCUGGCUUCUCUAUUGGACAGGCCUUCUAUUUAUAAAGGCUACUACCAUUCCCAAAGAUUGCGGAUAGUUUCAGCUAAACUUACUGGUAUAGUUCUUGAGCAGACUCUGACUGUUGUGCUCCAACCAAAUGUUAGAAGGAAUAACCCAGUUUCUUCUACUGCGGGAUCUCUCCAGCCUAAUUGGUCCAUGAGUUCAGUAUUUAAAAAGAAGAUAACAGGACAGUGUGUUCUUGCUAAAGUGAGUAGAGUAUUCCUUGAACUAGAGGAAAGUUUAGUUGCUGAACUUGAGAAAAGGGUAUCUAGAGAUUCUUGGAGUAAUCCUUUAUUUGAAUUGUCUGCUAUGCCAGAUAGGGAAAUCAAAGAGCUCAAUGCCUUGCAAGAUCAAAGUGGUUCAAUUUUAUAUGAGUUCAAUGUUGCUAACUCCAACGAGUAUGAACCUUUGGAUGUGGGCAUGAUGUGGAAGGUUCCUUUGGUCUGGUCUUGCCCCCAUGCACCAUUCCAUGUGAGCCGGUUUCUAAUGGGAAGUGGAAAUGAACGAGGCUCCCUUGCUAUCUCAUUGCAAUCCACCCAGUCACAUGAACAAUUCUUAGGUGGCUCACAUGCUUGUACAGUGGAAGUUGUUGUCUUUCAGGUUGUUCCAUGGUAUGUUAAAGUUUACUAUCACACACUACAGAUUUUCAUAGACGGGAAGCCUCAGACUGUCUCUGAUGUGAUUGAAAAGUUACAAGUGACCCCUUCAGAAGACAAGCUGUUACCUGGGACAUUGGAAUUGAUGCUUAGAUUUCCUUGCAGCAUGCAUUCUGGUACAUUGACUUUAGACUUUGACAAGGGAUUCUUGCACAUUGACGAAUACCCUCCAGAUGCUAAUCAAGGUUUCGACAUUCCAUCAGCUUUAGUUAGUUUUCCUGGCUUCCAGUCAAGCAGAAGCUAUCAUGAAGAUGACUCACUGAAAGACUCUCCCUUGCUACUUAAAUUCCAGGAGAAAAAUUUUAUGCGGUCUUAUACAGAAGUAUUGCUUGUACCUUUAACAACUCCAGACUUUAGCAUGCCUUAUAAUGUCAUCACUUUUACUUGCACUGUGCUAGCAUUAUAUUUUGGAUCAUUGCUCAAUGUCUUGAGAAGAAGGAUUGAUGAGGAAGAGAGAGAAUUGAAAAGCAAAGCUGCCAGGCCUGGGCUAAUCCCCCUGCUCCUAUCUAAGUUGUCUUCCAAGUUAAAACGACGGACAGAUGAAUCAUCCCAGUCAUCGCCAUCAUUAUCGUCAUCUUCACCAUCUAUAUUAGGACCCAAGCUGUUAUUCAAAGUCAUAUUAGUUGCUGGGUUAGCUGUUUUUUGGAAUUAUUUUUUAAACAAUGGCUGAGGUCAAUGCCUAAGCCAUAUACACCGAGUAAUAUUGAUUUGACACGUUUUGUAACCUAUGUAAUCACUUUAUCCUCAAACAGCAUGUUGCCGGCCAUUCAUACUACUUGUAUCACUGAUUUCUCGAGUUUAUGAGGCUCAUUGUAGCUUGCAUCCUUUUCUACCAAGAAUGGUUAUUGGUGUUAACUGCA